UUCCUCAUCCCAUUCUAAGGUUCCAAGGAGCUUUUACUAUGGGUGUCUCAGAACCCAUUACCUAGUUCUGAGGGAUCACAGAGCUAAGGGAUUGAAGGGCACAGAGCUCAGUCACGGGCUGUGAGUGAGGCAGAGGACAGAGGUGGCACUUCCCUUCUCUCAUCAAAAUCUCAUAGCCUGGGAAUCCUUGUAAUGACUUCUGGGAUGGAAAGGGUUCCCUAGAAUAGACUGAUGGACAUUACACAGCAUCGGAAUGGAGCAAGAAGGCAGCAAAGGAAACCUCCCCAUACCACCAUGCAGAGGCUCCUGAGCUGGGGACUUCCAGUGUCCUGGAACCGGUUCCUGUGGCGCCAGUCCAGCGAGUUCCCUGCUACAGCUUUCCUGCUGGGGGCAGGCACUGGGGGGCUCCUGGCCAUAGGUCUCUUUCAGCUCCUGGUGAGCCCCAUGAACAUCUAUGAAGAGCAGAAGAUGGUGGCUUUGUAUGGCUUGGCAGGCUUGGGAGCCCUAGGCUGGGGGACUUCUCCUCACAUCCGCUGUGCCAGUCUCUUGUUGGUACCCAAGAUGCUGGGCAAAGAAGGCAGACUCUUUGUCCUGGGAUAUGCUUUGGCUGCAAUCUACACAGGGCCAGUGGCCAAUCUUCGGCACAACCUCAACGAAGUGAUAGCAUCACUGGGCUGCACCGUGGAGCUACAAAUCAACAAUACCCGAGCGUCCUGGCGUGUCUCCACAGCUCCCUUGUGGGCAGUGUUCAAGGAUCUGCUGGGCAGCAAAGAUGCCCUGAAAGCUGAGACUCAGAACAUCUCCACCUACUUUGAGGACCUGGAUGCCCAAGUGAAGAGUGAGACUGGCUACUCGCCUGAGGAUACUAUGGAUUUGGAGGAAACAGACCCAGGUGUAGAUACCCGUGGAGCCCCUACAGGCAGACUCCACCUGUCCACCCAGAAGAUGUAUGAACUGAAAACCAAGCUGCGUUGCUCCUAUGUGGUAAAUCAGGCCAUACUCAGCUGUCAUCGCUGGUUUGAUCAAAAGCAUAAACUGUGUAUGCAACGCAUCUGGGUCCCGCUCCUGAAUCACCUGCUCUGCCUGCCAAUGAAGUUCAAGUUCUUCUGUGGCAUUGCCAAGGUGAUGGAGAUUUGGUGUCGCAAACGCAUCCCAGUGGAAGGCAACUUUGGGCAAACUUAUGACUCCCUCAACCAGUCUAUUCAUGAUCUGGAUGGAGAAUUUUCAGUCAAUAUUGACAUCAAGGAAGAAAAGCAGGCCGCAGUACUGGGUCUCAACACGAGCUGGGAGCAUGUAAGCACCGAAGUGCGGGACUAUGUGCAACGGCAAGAGGCCCAGCUGCAGUGGGCCCUGCAGCUGCUGCACGUGCUACUGUCCUGUACCUUCCUGUUGGUCGUCCACUCAUCCUUCUCCUACAUGGACAGCUAUAACUGGGACAUCCGCUUUGACAACAUCUACAUCAGUACCUACUUCUGUCAGAUCGAUGAGCGCAGGAAGAAGCUGGGCAAACAGAAUCUGCUGCCACUCCGCAAGGCAGAGAAGAGAUCUGUUAUCUUCCCUUGCAAGCCUGCCAUCCAGGCCUCAGAAAUGAAAAAUGCGGUAAGGGAGCUCCUAGAGACACUGCCUAUCCUGCUGCUGCUGCUAGUGCUGUUUGUGCUCGACUGGGCACUCUACUCUGUCUUUGACACCAUCCGCCAACAUUCUUUCCUGCAGUAUUCCUUCCGAAGCAGUCAUAAACUAGAGGUGAAGGUCGAGGGAGACUCCAUGCUCGCCCGACUCCUUCGGAAAACAAUUGGAGCCCUGAACACCACCUCAGACACAGGGGUACAAUCAAACAACAUGCGCUGCCUGCCCCAACCCAUGAGCCUGGAUACCAGGGCCUACUGGAAAGCUUCACUGCCAACUGGCCUGCUUGUGUGUCUCUGCUUAGCCCAGGCUUUUGGCUACCGGCUCAGGAGAGUCAUCGCAGCCUUCUACUUCCCCAAGCGAGAGAAGAAGCGGGCCCUGUUCCUUUACAAUGAGCUACUUAGGAAGAGAAUAGCCUUCACCAAACUGAGAAGGGCCGCCAUCGUGUAUCAGGCACGCCAGCAAAGGGCUCUGCGCCACCACCUGGUGGACACUCUGUCCCGCCGCUGCCCCCUCCUGCGCCGCUGGAUGCGCCGGCGCUGCGUUGUGUGCCAGGCACCGGAGACGCCGGAGUCCUACGUGUGCCCGACGCCGGGCUGUGAGGCCGUGUACUGCAGGUCGUGCUGGGACGAUAUGCGGCGGCAGUGCCCGGUCUGCACGCCUCCCGAGGAGCUCUCAUCCUCCGCCUUCAGUGACAGCAACGACGACACCGUUUACGCCGAGUGAAGGGAGGGCAGCUGCCUUCGCGUUUAAUAAAAGGCCGUUCGCGCUCCAGAGGCCUGUGCUUCGCGGGGGUCGGGGACAGUGUGUGCUGGGAGUCGUCUAGCAGCAGUCGGGACAGCGGAUCCGCGCGGUCCCCAGAGAGCGAGGCCACACACUAGAGGCGGGAAGGCAGCGUAACUUCGGGCAAGGGGCUGCACUGGGCUGCCGGAGCGGCCCCGGAGUCCAGAGGCUAAAAA